AGAUUACCCGCUGAGCUGGAGGAGGAUGCAUACACUCAUCAGCACGGUUCAGCGCCACCCCUACAGGUUUCUUCUCCUUGGUCCACCGAUGGCCGCGGCUCUAAUCUAGUCGUCCACCCGGAUCAGCAUCAGCACUCACGCCGUCGUGCGGAUAAGGAGGGGAGUUGUGCACCAGGGGCCGGUGGCGCCUACUUCUCUUCCCUCUCUAACACCCCUGUCAAUGAACGGGAAAGCCGUCCACCUGGAAAGCGCCGAGCGUAUCGCAGAAAGAUUCACGUCUACGUUGCAUUGCCCAUCACUAUCGGUAUUGGUGAAGUCAACUUCAUUGUUGUUGUGUGA